CCUUCAUGUAGUGAGCGCAAUCAAAACAAGUUAUCGUGAACUAUUUUUGUUGUGUCUUGAUUCUGGAUUUUCCUGUUCUUAUCUUGUUACUUCAUCAAGUUCCUUCAAAAUGAUGACCAAGUUAUUUAAGUUUCUGUCCCAUAGAACAAAAUUUGAGAUGAUUAGAAGAGGAUUGAUUAUUCCUCCUGGAGCCUGUGAGACACCAACCAAAACUGUCACAGACUUACUUGAUGACUUUACUCGAAGCGUGCUAGGAACCAAUAGUAAGUACUGUGCAGGGAGCAUAAGCCGAGAGCACCUUGUGAAAUACUUACCGGCUACUCAAGAAGAGCUUCCAGUACGGAGAAUGAGUGACAGCUAUGAUACUGCCAUCAUCCCCUUGGGAAGUGAUAUCUCCAUGCGUGAAAAGUACAUGACGUUUCACAAGACAAUCCGCAUCGGGCGGUUGCUAGAAGACCUUGACGUUUUUGCGGUGACGCUGUGUUACAAGCACAUUCUCAACCCAAACCAACCCGCCGACAUAUCCGUCAGCCCAUACAGCAUUGUAACAGCUUGCGUGGAUCAAAUGGAUAUAUCCCACGUUCCUCUUCGGUACGAUGCCGAUAUUCGUUUGAGAGGCCAUGUGACAUGGGUGGGCAAGUCGUCAUUCGAGGCUUCCAUGGAAGUUGAUCAAAUAGAUAAAGACUCAAACGAAUGGAAUACGGUCACAAACGCCAGGUUCGUCAUGGUCAGUCGGGAUUCAAUGAAUAAGGGAUCGGCCAUCGUGAAUAGGUUGGUUCCUGAAACGGACGAGGAAAAGGCGUUAUUUAGAAAAGGAGAAGAAAAUAAGGAAAGACGAGCUAAAAUGCAAACGACAUCCUUGUUCCGGAAGCCUCCAAGUGAGCAAGAAAGAUUGAUCAUCCACGAACAGUUUCUCCGCACGAUCGAUUGGAAAAGCAUGUCCUUCAAGAGCCGGAUCAAACCCACCAAUUGCGUCUGGAUGGCGGAUGCUAAACUAAAGAAUAUGAUUCUCUGUCAGCCAGAGAAUCGUAAUCGGUUCAACAAAAUUUUCGGCGGUUUCCUGAUGCGACUGGCCGUGGAAUUGGCGUGGGCAAACGGCUACGUCUACUGUAAGAGCUUGCCUACUCUGGUCCACGUUGAUGACAUCCUCUUCCGUAAACCGGUGGAGAUAGGCUCACUCUUGUACUUUAGUUCCCAGGUGGUCUACACUCAAGGCCAUUACGUGAUGGUGCGGGUGUCGGCCGAAGUUGUUCAGCCAGAGGACGGAACACACGACCUGACUAACGUAUUUCAUUUCACUCUGAAGACAGACAGUCUGGCACCUGAAGUCAUUCCGCGAACCUAUCAAGAGGCCAUGAUGUUCCUCGACGGAAGACGACACUUUAUAGACACGGAGCACGACCUAUCCGAUCCACCGGUAGCCAAACUCUAAUCCGCACAUCGAAAAUUAGGAAAAGCAAAUCACAAAGUAUCCUCUUUCAUCCGGCCCAGUAUUACCUGUUGAAAAUGAGAAAUAACCAAUUUCACAAUAAUUAACGACUAAGAAUUUCAAAAAGGUUUCAAAUUUCUAACCUGCAGCAAUAUCCGGAAAUAUGGAAGCUGCCGAGUAAGAUCUAGUUUGAUCAUUACGACGAGUUUUAAGAGCAUUGCUUGAAUAGGCUUUUUUUUUUUUUUUUGGUGCAGUAGUAAAUAGUAGUGGAAGUCCAAGAGAGAAAGAGCCCUGGAUGGACUCUGUCUUUUACUUGUUCGGUAUUUGACCCGGGCUCCGAGUAUGGUCGACCACCCGCCGCAGAGACUUCCUUUUCUCCUUCUUUUUCUUCUUCUCUAGAUAGAUAUUCAUACAUAAAUACGUUUCUGUUGUGUGGCUCUUGCUUGAGAAUGUUGGUCCCUUUUUUGGUUUGAAAACUAUUUAUAAAUUACCUGUCGAUAAAACAAAA